AUAAAACUCUUGACCAAUCGUGUAAUUCUUCAUACCAUACAGGGGUAAUUUCGUCAUAAGAAAGAAAUAUCGCUAACUCUCGAACGAUCCCUUACAUACGCCCAAGCAAGAGCCGGGGGGAGUUGAAAAGAAAGGAGGAAAAAAUAAACCGUAAAUUAAAAAAAAAAGGAAAAAAUAAAAAACGAAAACAAAGCCUAAAAACGGGGAGGAAGAAGGGGGGAAACCCUAGGUCUCGCAGCGGAGGCGACGAGAGGACGAUGGAGGCUGCAAGAUGAGCAUCAUCGAUGGCGAGAUCGGGCGAUCAGGAGCGCGAGAUCUGGGGGACGUGGGAGGAGCUCCUCCUCGCCUGUGCCGUUAACCGCCAUGGCACCCGGAGCUGGGACUCCGUCGCCAUGGAGGUCCAGGCCCGGAGCCCCUUCUCCCACCUCCUCACCCCACAAAACUGCCGCCAGCGCUACCGGGACCUCCAACGCCGCUUCGCCGUCGCCGCCGGGAUUGACGGUGGCGCCGAUGCCGCGGGCAAUGACUCGGCGGCGGCGGAAGUCCCCUGGCUGGAGGAGCUCCGGAAGCUCCGCGUGGCCGAGCUCCGGCGGGAGGUCGAACGAUACGAUCUUUCGAUCGUGUAAAGAAAUGCAUCCCUCGUCUUCUUUCUAUUUUUGGCAUUUUUUGGGUUUUUUUCUCUGUUUUUUAAGGUCUCUGGAAUUAAAGGUUAAAAAGCUCAAAGAGGAGCAAGAACGGAGCCUGCGGGAGACGGUAGCCGGCGAGCGAGAGGAGGAUCCGAAGGAUGACGAUACGAAAGUGGGCGGAUCGCCGGGAUCUACGCCGGGGUCGUUCGCCGGAGAUCGGAUCUCCGGCGGAGAUUCCGGCGGGUCGUGCAAUGAGUCGAACUCGACAAAUCCGAAGGAUGAGGGAAAACCCGGCGGAGAGGACGGGAAGCCGGAAGAGAAUCCGGGAUCCGGCGGAGGCGAAGCCGAUCCGACCGCCGGUAGGGGCGAGAAGGCCGCUGGGGAAGGGUCAUACAACGGCAGCUCGGACACGAUAGCGAAGGGCGAGGCGGCGACCGAGGCUGACCUUCCGCGGCCGCAGACGGGCGAGUCUGGCGAGUCGGUGGCCGAGUCGAAGGGUGGCGUGGCGGAGGCGGAGGGGGAGAAGGAGAGCAGCGACGUCCAGAGCUCCGCCAGCUUGUCGAGGCGGCGGAAGGGGUGGCGGGGAAAGGCGGCGUCCGCCAGUAGCAGCGGCGGCGACGAGCAGGAGGCGGACGAGGACUCCCUCAUCGCCAAGCGGAUAGCCACUGAAUCACAGCCGUUGGUGUCCUUCCUCGAGAUUAUCCGGUGUCACGAGUUCGGUUCUGUUUUCGAGCGCCGGCUCGAGAGCCAGGAAAGUGGUCGAUACCGGAGUGUGAUACGGCAACACGUGGACCUUGCGAUGGUGCGAGCGAAGCUGGAGCGCGGAGUCGGGAGGGCGUAUACAAGCGUGGAGUUCUUUCGCGAUCUACUGCUCCUUUGCAACAAUGCCAUUGUCUUCUACCCGAAAGACUCUUCCGAGUCCACUGCGGCAGUUCAUCUCCGGCAACUCGUCGCCAAGGAGAUGGCCGCCACCAUCCAGAAGCUGGCCCGACCGCCACCCGCAGCGGUGGAGCCUGCGCCGCCGCCUCUGCCGCCUCCCCCUCAGCCGAAGCCGAUCGUGCCUAAGCUCAAGAAGGAUCUGGACCUGGCCGACUCGUUACCUGAGAAGCCCUCUUCCUCAGCUCCCAUAAUCGCGUGCCGGAAGCGUAGCUCCAUCUCCAACAAAGCCAAGAAGGAGGAGAGGGACGAGAAGCAUGAUUUGGAUCGGAAGGAGCGGGAGAGGGAAGAGCAAAACCUCAGCGCCAAGAAGAGUCAUACCAGAGAAAGAUCCGCGACAAGAGGCUUGAGGACCAACAAGAACCGCAGCGGAAACAGAGCAGGAGGAGAAGGAGGUGCAGCGGUGGGAAAGAGCACGAACACCACUCCCAGCCACAAAUCCAAGCCUGUGGAGAGCACACCGGUCGCGGAAGUGGCGGUUAAGGCGGAGAAGAAGAGCGGCGGCGCGUCCGUGGAGAAGAAGCGGAGUUCAGCAAGCUUCUUGAACCGGAUUAAGCGGAGCUCGCCCUCGUCCAACGGGACGUUUCUGGAGACGCUGAAGGGAUCUUCCUCCGAGGGCGGCGGAAGAGGAGCGGAGCAGAAGAAAGGGGGAAAAGGAGACAGGAAAGACCAGGGCUCCCGCCAGGAAGGCGGCGCCACCUACGCGAAGAAAACACCAGAGCCGAGCGCUCCGGGGAAGAGGAGCGUAGGGAGGCCGCCGAAGAGGGUGGUGGCUCAGCCUAACCCGACGCUGGCGAAGAGGGCGAGGGAGGAGGCGGAGGCAGCGCCUGCUAAGCCGCCGACAGCGUCUUCCAGGAAGCGGGCGAGAAAGUGAGGGCGGCAGGUUGGAAUGUCCGAUGUAAGUUAUCUAUCCUAGUUGGGGGCUUAGUCGUAACUGUCUCAUGUUGUUAUUGUUUAUUUUGGCUUUUUUUUAAGCUAAAAUUUCCACGAAUUUUACUGAAUUGGCAUCCACUGUGACACGCUGUUGAUUAUGAGCUGGAGAAAUUAUAUCCGGACACCCGAUGUACCAUCUCAACAAUACACCAAGCCAAUAAAAUAGUGCGACAUGGAUAUUUUGGCGCCA